GGCGCCCUUGCUGAAGUGCUGAAGAAGUGUCUCUGGAGAAAUAGUUGGAAUUGUUUGUUAAUUUCACGGCAAGUAGCUUACAACAUUUGCCUCGUCGACACACGUUUGUGUCAGAAGACCAUACGACAAGCGUCAUUGACAGCUCGAGCCUGACAGCGCGUGGCGUGGUUGUGGCAGAGUGUCCGUGUGAAGAUGGGCCUCGUCUCGAGCCCCUUCCCAUAGCAAAGAGCAGCCGUGGGGAGAGAAACCGUAGAUUUCCCUGCAAAAACAUACCGGUCGAACUUGGACCUGUCGGGUACGACAUUGUUUAUAAAUUGUGGACGCUACCGUACAAUUUUCUUUCAAGAAUUUUCUGUGCGACCGCGUCUAUAAUAGUCAGGAGACGGAGAGGUUUCCCACCCCGUAUCGAAGAGGAUUGUACCGCGCCAAGGGUCCUGAUGAAAAUGGACUCGGAACUGCUGCUCUCGCCGGCCGUGUGCCUGGCUGAGGAGGAGGAGGCGGACAUGAGCGACUGGAACCUGCCGCUGGCCUUCAUGAAGAAACGCCACUCAGAGAAGAUCGAGGGCUCCAAGGCCCUGGCCCAGAGCUGGAGGAUGAAGGACAGGAUGAAGACAGUGAGUGUGGCCCUGGUGUUGUGUCUCAACGUGGGCGUGGACCCUCCUGACGUGGUCAAGACGUCACCCUGCGCCAGACUGGAGUGCUGGAUCGACCCUCUGUCCAUGAGUCCACAGAAAGCCCUGGAGACCAUUGGGGCCAACCUGCAGAAGCAGUAUGAGAACUGGCAACCCAGGGCACGUUACAAGCAGAGUCUGGACCCCACCGUAGACGAGGUGAAGAAGCUGUGUACGUCCCUGAGACGCAACGCCAAGGAGGAGCGUGUCCUCUUCCACUACAAUGGACACGGGGUCCCCCGACCCACCGUCAACGGAGAGAUCUGGGUCUUCAACAAGAACUACACCCAGUACAUCCCUCUGUCUGUGUACGACCUCCAGACGUGGAUGGGCAGCCCCUCCAUCUUCGUUUACGACUGCUCCAACGCAGGCAUCAUCGUCAAGUCUUUCAAACAGUUCGCCCUGCAGAGAGAGCAGGAGCUGGAGGUGGCAGCCAUUAACCCCAACCACCCCCUGGCCCAGAUGCCUCUCCCCCCCUCCAUGAAGAACUGUAUCCAGCUAGCCGCCUGCGAGGCCUCAGAGCUACUGCCCAUGAACCCUGACCUCCCCGCUGACCUCUUCACCUCCUGCCUCACCACGCCCAUCAAGAUCGCCCUGCGCUGGUUUUGCAUGCAGAAAAGUGCCAAGCUGGUGCCAGGGGUGACGUUGGACCUCAUUGAGAAGAUACCUGGGAGACUGAAUGACAGACGGACCCCACUGGGAGAGCUCAACUGGAUCUUCACUGCUAUCACUGACACUAUCGCCUGGAACGUGCUGCCCAGAGAUCUGUUCCAGAAGCUCUUUCGUCAGGACCUGUUGGUGGCCAGUUUAUUCCGCAACUUCCUGUUGGCCGAGAGGAUAAUGAGGUCAUACAACUGCACCCCUGUCAGCAGUCCGCGCCUGCCACCUACAUACAUGCACGCCAUGUGGCAGGCAUGGGACCUGGCUGUGGACAUCUGUCUCUCUCAGCUGCCCACCAUCAUUGAGGAGGGCACCGCCUUCAGGCACAGUCCGUUCUUUGCAGAGCAGCUGACAGCGUUCCAGGUGUGGCUGACCAUGGGAGUGGAGAACAGGAACCCCCCCGAACAGCUCCCCAUCGUACUGCAGGUCCUCUUGAGUCAGGUUCACAGACUCAGAGCGCUGGACCUGCUCGGCCGCUUCCUGGACCUGGGGCCCUGGGCCGUCAGUCUGGCCCUCUCAGUAGGGAUCUUCCCCUACGUGUUGAAGCUGCUACAGAGCUCUGCGCGGGAACUCCGACCCCUGCUGGUCUUCAUCUGGGCUAAGAUCCUGGCUGUGGACAGCUCGUGUCAGGCAGACCUGGUAAAGGACAACGGACACAAGUACUUCCUGUCUGUCCUGGCCGACCCCUACAUGCCCGCUGAGCACCGCACCAUGGCUGUCUUUAUCCUGGCUGUGAUUGUCAACAGCUACACCACAGGCCAGGAGGCCUGUCUGCAGGGGAACCUGAUAGCCAUCUGCCUGGAGCAGCUCUCUGACCCUCACCCCCUGCUUCGUCAGUGGGUGGCCAUCUGCCUGGGACGCAUCUGGCAGAACUUUGACUCGGCCCGCUGGUGUGGUGUCAGGGACAGUGCCCACGAGAAGCUCUACAGCCUGCUGUCCGACCCCAUACCUGAGGUGCGCUGUGCGGCGGUGUUUGCCCUGGGGACGUUUGUGGGGAACUCAGCCGAGCGAACGGACCACUCUACGACCAUCGACCACAACGUGGCCAUGAUGCUGGCACAGCUCAUCAAUGACGGCAGCCCUGUGGUCCGCAAGGAGCUGGUGGUGGCUCUGAGUCACCUGGUGGUUCAGUACGAGAGUAACUUCUGCACCGUGGCCCUGCAGUUCAUGGAGGAGGAGAAGAACUACGCUGUACCCUCACCUGCCAACACCUUAGAGCCCGGUAACCUGACUCCAGUGCGCGACAGCCCGGCCAUCCCUCGGCUGCGUUCAGUCAACUCCUACACCAACAUCAGAGCUGCCACCACCGCACGCAACCUCAACAAGAGCCUGCAGAACCUCAACCUCAACGAAGAGGGUGGUCCGGUGGCGUUCUCUCCAGGUAACCUGAGCACCAGCAGCAGUGCCAGCAGCACCCUGGGUAGCCCUGAUAACGAUGAGUACAUCCUCUCCUUUGAGACCAUCGACAAGAUGAGACGAGUCUCCUCCUACUCCUCCCUCAACUCCCUCAUAGGGGUGUCGUUCAACAGCGUUUACACACAGAUCUGGAGGGUUCUCCUGCACCUGGCGGCCGACCCGUUCCCAGAGGUGUCUGACCUGGCCAUGAAGGUCCUCAACAGCAUCGCCUACAAGGCCACUAUGAACGCUCGGCCCCAGAGGAUCCUGGACUCUGGCUCUCUCACCCAGUCGGCCCCCGCCAGCCCCACCAGCAAGGGGGCACACAUCCACCAGGCAGGUGGUUCUCCCCCCAUGCCCAGUGCCAGCAGCUCCAGUCUGACCAACGAGGUGCCCAAACCCCCGACACGUGGUGGAGAACAGCCCCCCACGCGACCCCCCUACACCCCCACGCUGGGCGGACAGGCCCCCCACUCCCACCAGUUCCCCCGCACGCGCAAGAUGUUCGACAAGGGGCCCUCCGGCUCUGAACAGGCCGGGGAUGAUGCAGAUGACCCAGGAGGUCACAAGGCCUACAUGAAUGCCAACCUGUCUACAGGGCUGUGUGACUGGAGCGCCAAGUACUUUGCUCAGCCUGUUAUGAAGAUUCCAGAGGAGCAUGAUGUGGAGAGUCAGGUGAGGAAAGAGAGGGAGUGGAGGUUCCUGAGGAACGCCCGCGUUCGAAAACAGAGCCAACGCAUCACACAGAGAGGCGUGACCCGUCUGGACGACCAGAUCUUCAUCAACCGUAACCCUGGCGUUCCCUCCGUGGUCAAGUUCCACCCCUUCAACCCCUGCAUCGCCGUGGCAGACAAAGACAGCAUCUGUUUCUGGGACUGGGAGAAGGCGGAGAGGUUGGACUAUUUCUACAACGGGAACCCUCGCUACACUCGCAUCACAGCUAUGGAGUACCUCAACGGACAUGACUACUCCCUGCUGCUCACUGCUACAGAUGACGGGGCGUUGCGUAUCUGGAAGAACUUUGCGGACCAGCGGAACCCCGAGAUGGUGACGGCGUGGCAGGGCCUGUCCGACAUGCUCCCCACCACCCGAGGUCUGGCCAGGCGGGUCUCCAUCUAUCUUGACAGGAGUAAGGGACAGGGAGGUGCAGGCAUGGUGGUGGACUGGGAGCAGGAGACGGGGCUGCUGAUGACGUCUGGAGACGUGAGGGUCAUCAGGAUCUGGGACACGGAGAGGGAGAUGAAGGUCCAGGACAUCCCAACGGGGGCAGACAGCUGUGUGACUAGCCUAUCAUGUGACUCACAGCGGUCCCUCAUCGCAGCGGGGCUGGGCGACGGCUCGGUCCGCCUCUAUGACAGGAGGAUGGGCGCCAACGAGUGUCGUGUGAUGACGUACCGGGAACACUCGUCCUGGGUGGUCAAGGCCCACCUGCAGAAGCAGACGGACGGCAAAAUCAUUAGUGUCAGUGUCGAUGGAGACGUGCGGUUCUUCGAGCUGCGGUCGCCGGACUCUGUGAACGUGCUGCAGACGGUGAAGGGUUUAACGGCGCUGGACAUCCAUCCGCAGGCCAACCUGUUCGCCUGUGGAUCAAUGAACCAGUUCAUAGCAGUGUACAACUCCAACGGUGACGUGAUCAGCAACAUCAAGUAUUAUGACGGUUUCAUGGGCCAAAGGAUCGGGGCUAUCAGCUGUUUGGCCUUCCAUCCCUACUGGCCUCACCUGGCGGUGGGCAGCAACGACUACUACAUGUCCAUCUACUCAGCGGAGAAGAGGCUCAGAUAACCCCCCCCCCCCCCCCCCCGAACUUUACCUUUGACCACUGACCCCUCUCCCCUCGGAGCCAGGAUGUAAAUGACUUCUAAUGUACAUAUGCAAUUGUUACCACCCCUGAAUGUUCUAUAGUGAUGGCUGCUGACAAACUCGUGUUUAUGAUGUUGACUUAUAUUAUUAUUCUUGAUCGUUUCAUUCAUAUUCUUUAUUAUGAAGCUAUUGAUUGUAGACUUGGCAGUGCUGAGGAGCGUGUAUAUUUAAUUGUGUGUAUACAGAGAUGAAUAUUAGGUCUAUUUUAAAGGUUCCAGCCUUGGCUGGGGGAGACGGGCGGUGUCGCUACUUGAAUGAACUCGGAAUGACCUCUAUGCAUCGGGGUCAAGAGGUUAUCGAGAGAUAGACAAUUCCCUCUCUCACACACGACUCUGGACCUGAAGGCGUGGCUCACGGACACCCGCAUGACCCUUAUUGAAGCCCCUCCCCCCUGCUGUAGCUAGUAGACUUUCUCUCACAAGAUGGUGGACUACGGGGCACAUCUGGUGUGUGAGAAAGUGAAAUGUAGAACAGAGCACAGAUGAGCCCAAAGUUGGCCCACAGCCUUGGACACAAACCGAUGCCCAUACAGAUGUCCACUAUUUUUUAUUUUACCUUUAUUUAACUAGGCAAGUCAGUUAAGAACAAAUUCUUAUUUUCAAUGACGGCCUAGGAACAGUGGGUUAACUGCCU